UGAGACGUAAGGCCGAAAAACAUCUACACGUAACGUCUGCUGUUUUUAUUAGAUACUUUAUUGAUCCCGUGAGGGAAAUUGCAAUUUACUGAGGUAAGAUUCAGAUCGACUAACAUAUAUCAGACAAUACGAAUUGUCCCCAUAUAUUUUGCUAUACGUAUUGGAAGUAAUUCCCUAACGGCGGUACUUGGAAUAGAUACCGUUACCUAUUUAGUUUCUGGAGACAUUUAUAGCGAAAUGCAAAGUGGGAGUCCGUGAAGAGCCACCCUCACCCACCCCCAGCCUAUAGGACGUGAGGGACGCACAUCGAUCUUGAAACGCAGCGCACUGUUCCAAUUUGCGAGCUCACGAAGUACAUCCAGGUUUGAAGCAAACUGAAUCAGCGCUGCAAACAGGAACUCGGCGAGUUCAGAAGCAACACUUCGGACGCUGAAACUCCACCGCCAUUGACGGCGCUCGCUCGCUCGCUUCCAGUCCUCCACAGAGAGGGCGGGAAUUUCAGGCCAGGGCAGCAGAUCGCCGAGCUGCCCACCAGGCCAAACAAACUGAUCGCCGAUUUCAAGCUCGGGGAUUCCAAGAAAAAGCCGCUUCCCACAGCCUCGCGCUGGAGUGGAGCUAUUGGGGCGCGUUUCGGCGGAAAGCGUGGCUGAACAAACAAAAAAAAAGAUUUUUUUUUUCAUUUUUUUCAUAUCGAGUCCACCCGACUCCACUUUCGUCGCCGAGCGCGUUUUUUCUGGCGGCUCUGGAUGGCAGUACCUAACGGAAAACGUGUAUGUUGCUCCGGAAACCCCGUCCCGCGUCGCUCGCCUGUCGCUGUGCCCGGCUGCCUGCUGCCCCGGCUGUAGCCGCCGAGCGCUUCUCCGGCUGGGGCCGCGGGAGCCGCAUGCGGGAGCCCGGCGCCGAACUAGGAGGAGUCGGGGUCGGGGAGGAGUGACUGGACGGGAGCGCGGAGGAAGGGGCUGUUUCGGCGCCGCCGGCGAUCUCCUUCGGCGGCAGGAUGGCCAGCGAGCCGGUGAUCCUGAACGUGUACGACAUGUAUUGGAUCAAUGAAUUUACUGCUUCUUUGGGAAUUGGCGUCUUUCACUCAGGAAUAGAAGUCUAUGGCAGAGAAUUCGCCUACGGCGGCCACCCCUACCCGUUUUCAGGGAUAUUUGAAAUCACUCCUGGGGAUGCGACGGAUCUCGGAGACACUUUCAAAUUCAAAGAAGCCAUUGUGCUGGGGAGCACCGACUUCACGGAGGAUGACAUUGAGAAGAUUGUGGAAGAGCUGGGGAAAGAGUACAAGGGCAACGCCUACCACCUCAUGCACAAGAACUGUAACCACUUCUCCUCGGCUCUCUCGGAGAUCCUGUGCGGCAGGGAGAUCCCGCGCUGGGUGAACCGGCUGGCCUACUUCAGCUCCUGCAUCCCCUUCCUGCAGAGCUGCCUGCCCAAGGAGUGGCUCACGCCCGCCGCCCUGCAGACCAGCGUCAGCCAGGAGCUCCAGGGGGAGCUGGAGGAGGCGGAGGGCGUCGCCGGCGCCGCGGCCCGCCCCUCGCCCUCCAUCACCCAGGUUCAGCUGAAGAGGUCUUGUUCUGCAGAUGGCUCUGUGGGGACCAAGGCGCACCGCCAACACACUUGUCCCGAGGCCUGUCUCCUGGCCAGCUCCUCCUCUUCCAUCGCGAACGGAGAGAGUGUAGCGGAUGGCAGCAGGGGGACGGGACUGAGUCUCCUCUGA